AUGCAUGAUGGCAUCCAAUUGACUCUAAGUGAGAUUUUCCUCCAAUUCCGCCGUCCACAGACUCUUUGCACCGAAGUUUUGGAGCGCUGUCGACUGGUCUUUGUCGCCAAGGGUGCGGAAGGCUUCAACCUCGUGCGGUCGAUCGGGCGCAACCUUUUGCAGACUGCCACGGAUGCUUUAGCCUGGACGACGGCCAGAUUCGAUCUUCAGUACCAAUUCGCAGCGGCGACUGGGCAGUAG